AUGAGUAUGUUUCUAUGGGAUUACUUCAAAGAAGUAGGUAUUCGUGUAGCUGAAUCAGUUGAUCAAGCUUAUCAAAUUGCGCCAAGUCAUGAACUUAGUAACGAUCUCGUAGUCAAAGCUCAGAUUCUCGCUGGUGGUCGAGGUAAAGGUUCGUUCGGUAGCGGACUUAAAGGUGGUGUCAAAAUGACUUAUUCGAUUAAUGUGGAUGAUAGUUCAGAAUUUCGGCAACAUGCUGUAUUCGAUCUAAAAGAAAAUGUUCAAAGCGAUUGGCGUGAUGCCAAAGCACAAGAAUCAAAUCAAAAUUAUAUUGGUCUUGACGGUGAAAUAGGAUGUCUUGUCAAUGGUGCUGGUUUAGCAAUGGCCACUAUGGAUAUUAUUAAAUUACAUGGUGGUAGUCCAGCUAAUUUUCUUGAUGUUGCAGGUGGCACUUCAGCUGCACAAGUUGAAGAUGCAUUUGAAUUAAUUACAGCCGAUCCUAGAGUUCAAGCCAUAUUUGUUAAUAUAUUCUGGGGUAUUAUGAGAUGCGAUACUAUUGCUCAUGGCUUCGUUGCAGCAGCCAAAGAGCUCAAAUUAACUAUUCCGGUAGUUGUGCGAUUGCAAUUAAUUGACUUUGUUCUUUGUCUAGGAACACGAAUUGAUGAUGCUAAAGCAAUUCUAGUCAAUAGUCAAUUUAAAAUUCUUGCUUGUGAUGAUUUGGACGACGGAGCUCGAUUGGUAGUUAAACUUGCACAGAUAGUUAGUUUAGCUCGAUUAGCUGCCAUAGCUGUUCCAUUUGAAUUACCGAUUUAA